CUUGACUUUUCAGAAACGUCGGGAGAUUCGCCAGGAGAUCUACGAAAUCGGAUUUACAGUCGGGAACGAACGAAACUGACACGUGUUCUUGGACACGAUGAAAGGAAAGUCGAUGAAACUGAUCUUGCCACGCGUACGAGAUGGAUUCCCAACGAUUUCAACAAUUCUGUCAAUUUAGAUCACUAACUCACCCGCGAGAAAAGUACCAAAUGGUGUAAUUGAAUUAUCGAAUGGUUACCAAUAGAUAGGCCGAAACGUAGCGAUUUCAUCGCUUGAACGAGAGAUCAGAAUGUCGCUGCAGGAUUAUAGCACGUCUAACAGCGUGACAAUGAGCGAUUAUUCUAGCAAUUCUGACAUCGAUCGUUCAUUUAUCAGCAAUGUAACGCAGACGUCGACAAUGACUUCUAUAAUGAACGUGACAUUAUCGACGGUCACGCGGCCUGGACAGACCAAUCUGCUGGAAACGUUAAUCGUGCCACUGUAUGGCAUAAUAUUUCUACUCUCCGUUGUCGGGAAUUCAUUGGUAUUGAUCACUCUGGCGCGUAACAAGAGGAUGAGGACCGUGACCAACGUUUACUUGUUGAAUCUGUGAUCUGUUAAGAGGCAUUGAACUGUAACAAACUGUGUCGGUUUGCCACUUUUACUUCAAAGCAGUCAAGUACGAUCACUCGCCUCCUGUGACUGAAGUGGCCAUUCUCCCCGAGGUAUAUCUGCCAAGUUUUCAAGCCAACUAAAUCGUUCAGCUUCAGGCUAAACACAAGCAUCGUCUCGUCCGACUUGGUCUCGU